AUUCUCUCGCUCGAAGCUUCCGACCAGGCUUUCGGAAGCCGAAUAUUGAGGGAGGAAUUGAGGGACGAAUGGAAUGGAGGCGAGGUUUGGACCAGACAGACAACUGUUUUGUAAGAUCAGUCUGCAUGCAGCAGCAGCAGCUCGUACAACGUCGAGAAGUCCACAAGAGCGAUGGGGUGACGAGCACAAGACUGAAGUGGAUGAAUGAGGGGUUAUUCUUUUCUUUAUUUUAUUUUUUCUAUUUCAAAAUGAAUGCGGUGUUGUUGUCUUCUGCACACACUCUGUGUUGUUGAUUUGUUUUGUCUCCCUUCGUUCGCUGCAGCUGCUGCAGCUUUGUUGCCUGCUCUCCCCUUAUUCUCUCUCUGCUGCUGUUGUUGUUGUUGUUGUUGUUGCGUUCUCGCUCUCGGGUCGUUCCUCUCGUCUUCCUUCUUCCGCCGUGGGAGUCGUGUGAGCCUGCUCUUGAUCUCUCUUUGAUGAAAUGUCGCUGUUUCUUGAAGGGUGACGUUGAAGUGGCAGGGUUUGUAGUUGGCAUUCUGAUUUUCGGAAUAAGCGCGAGAGGGACGACUGCAUCGUGUUGUUUUGCUUAAUGCUAAGAAGAAGGUUUUUCAUAGUGUUAGAGUGGAAACUGUGGUGGCCUAUUGUAUAGAGCGAACGAGAGAGAGAGAGAGAGAGAGAGAGAGAGAGAGGUCAGGGUGAUUUUUCGUCAGUGGAAAGGUAGGGAAGUGACUUCAGCGAAUAAAGAUCAUUGUCGUCGGCUUUGCGGGAAAGGCCACUGGAUUUUGGGAUGGCGGGCCGGUACGACAGCAAUCCGUUCGACGAAGAGGAACAAGUGAACCCAUUCUCAAAUCCCGUGGUGAGGGCGCAGGUUGGGAAGCCAUCGUAUGGUCUUGGUCUCUAUGACAAGGACCCAAACUCUGGAUUGUCUCAUCUUCCGCAUGAACCAGUAUUCUCUGAAGUAAAUGACGCCACAGUAGACAUUCCUCUCGGUGGUUCAAAAGAAAUGAAGAACAAGGAAAAAGAGCUUAAAGCCAAGGAAGAAGAGCUGAAGAGAAGAGAGAAAGAACUGAAACGCAGAGAGGAUGCUGCUUCAAUAGCUGGUAUUGUUAUUGAAUCAAGGAACUGGCCACCCCUAGUUCCUAUUCUCCAUCAUGACAUCGCCAAUGACAUCCCAGAACACGUCCGGGGGUUAAUGUACCGGGCUUAUGCAAGUUGGUUGGGCAUUCUACUUUGUUUGUUGUGGAACUUCAUUUGCGUAACUGCAGCCUGGAUUGCGGGAGCCAGCGGUGUGGAGAUCUUGUUCCUUGGCUUCAUUUACAUGUUGGCUGGCUUCCCUAUGUCAUAUUUUCUGUGGUACAAGCCUCUCUAUCGGGCAAUGAGGACUGAGAGUGUUCUGAAGUUUGGGUGGUUUCUUGUAUUCUAUCUGCUUCAUAUUUCAUUUUGUGUGUUAGCUGCUGUUGCUCCUCCUAUCAUUUUCAAAGGAAAGUCACUUGCUGGACUUAUUCCAGCUAUUGACCUUUUCGGAAAGAAGCUUAUUGUUGGUAUCUUGUAUGCGGUAGGCUUCGGCUUAUACACACUGGAGGUGUUCUUAAGCGUCUGGGUUUUGAAGAAUGUUAGUCAAUACUUCCGAGGCGAAGGCAGAGCAGCAGAAAUGAAGCGUGAAGCUGCAGCAGGUGCUUUUAGAUCAGCAAUCUGAAUCAUUUACAUUUUUAGUUGCAAAUCAAGAAUUUGUUGUAUGUUGUACACGCAUGGGUGAGGCUUCUUUUAUAGAAGUUUUUGGGCUGUAGAGAAGCCUAUUCUGUAACAGAUCGAGUUGCUGAAGCUCAUGGAAUAAUGGCAGAUUGGCAUAUCAGUCCCAUUCUUUGCGAUGCUGAA